CAGGAGGAGGACCUUCAGAACACACUACAAGACCCAUCUGUUUACCAAAGCCAUACUGCUGUAAAUGAAGACAAACAUUAACGUGGGGCGGGGAAAGAGAAUGUCUGUGGGAGGGGAAUAAAAACAAACAAACAAACAAACAAACUCAGCUGCUGUAGAAAACCUCCCAAGGAGAGGUGAGGAGCAGCAUUCACUGAGACGUCCAACUGGACAACACUUUGCACUUCAGUUACUUGUUUGGCGUGUAGAUUCUGUGGUGACAUAGACCACGUCUACACUACCCGCUGGAUGGCGGGUAGUAAUCGAUCUAUCGGGGAUUAAUUUAUCGCGUCUUGUCUAGAUGCGAUAAAUCGAUCCCCGAAUCGAUGCCUGUACUCUGCCUCAGCAGGAGGGGUAAGUGGAAUUGACAGGGGAGCCGCGGCGGUCGACUUGCCGCCGUGAGGACGGCCAGUGGUCAAAUGACCUGGGCAGCAGAGUGGAAUGAAGUUUGACCCUUUGGCAACCCAGUAGCUCAGCAGGAAGAAUCCACUGAGAAGGUGAGGUGAGCAUGUGGGCAGGAGCAUGCAGUGGGGCUGGAGAGGAGACAGCCAUUUCACAGUGGAUGCAGGAUCCAGAGUGCAGAAACUGCCCAGCCUGCAUAGGAGGGCCAGCGGGCCUGCCUUAAAACCUACCCUUCAACCUCCCAGUGUUUAAGUUAAAUUUUGAAGGAAAGCUGGUACAUUAUGGCAAAUCCAUUUUAAAAGUAUUAGCUCUCUUUUCUCACAGGCUGCAGGGGCCAGGUUGCAUGCAGAAAUGCUAGCUAUAGAAAUACAGGGGAAGAGCAAUACAGUAAUUAUGGCCCAGCACAAGGAACACAAUUGCAGCUGGAUCAUUUUCUACAGGCCAUCAGAGUCGGCUUUAGGAAGUUUAAUACACGGAGGCCUGGGGCCGCUCAGGCUGAGAAAGGACAAAUGGUUUUACACCUAAUUAGGAGACUUGGUUGAAAAUAGAGCAGAUGGUAUUGAACUGAUAAGAUAUAAAUAGCACUAAUACUUAGCGCUAAUAGGGCUUUUAAUUCAUAACUCAUUCUCACAGCCCCCAAGCCCAUUUAACAGAAAGGGAAGGUGAGGCAGGGUAAGUAAGUGGCUUGUUCAAAGUCACAGGAGGAAACAGGCAUCUUGAGAGAGUGAUCUUAUGUGGUCAGGAUCAGUCCAGUCCUCAACUAGUCAUUUUCUCCAAUGUAUUCGCCUAAUAAGUGUAUUAUUUAAUUCAAGAGGGGUAUUUAGUCACUUAUGUGUGCAUUAGAAAUUGAACCCAGGGUAUUUGUGAAUUGCUUGAGGCACUGGACUGAAACAGCUUGGAGUUUUGCACUGAAGGGCAAGCAUCUUUCCUGCCUAUGUAUAGUAUGUAGGACAACUUGGGAUGUGCAUGUUUGUUUAUAGAGUAGCACUGCCAUGAGACAUGCCUUGAGACUCUUGUUUGGAUGUGAAUAAACAUAAGCACUACCUCUGGGCUGUGCUAUGGGGUAUUAUUAAGGGGAAUUUUCUUUGCAGGGGUUAGGGAAUGGAUGAGAUAUUGCUAUGGAAAGGGUUUAAUGCAAUUGCAGUACCUUUUUCCAUCCAACAAUACCUUCAGUUCCUGGGAUGUUCAUUGAAAGGCAGGGUUGCUGGUACUCUGCAACAGAGGGCAAUGUUAAAAUGUGCGGGACUGAAAUGGCAAAGUGGGACUCUGACUAAUGAAUGGAGGAAUGUUUCAGUGCCAAGCUGCUGACGGACCAUGGACACGUUCCAGGAUGUGUUCCAGAAGGUGGAGAAGAUUGGGGAAGGCACCUACGGAGUGGUGUACAAGGCGAGGAACAAGCGGACAGGCCAGCUGGUGGCUCUGAAGAAGAUCCGUCUGGAUUCGGAGACAGAAGGGGUUCCGAGUACAGCAAUCCGAGAAAUCUCUCUGCUUAAAGAACUUAAGCACCCAAACAUAGUGAGGCUUCUAGAUGUUGUGCACAGUCAGAAGAAGCUGUAUCUGGUGUUUGAGUAUCUGAAUCAGGACUUGAAAAAGUACAUGGACUCGUCCCGGACAGGGGAGCUCCCUUUAAGUUUGGUAAAGAGCUAUCUGUUCCAGCUGCUGCAGGGUGUGAACUUCUGUCACUCGCACAGAGUCAUUCAUAGAGACUUAAAGCCUCAGAAUUUGCUGAUCAAUGAAGUGGGAGCCAUCAAACUGGCAGAUUUUGGUCUGGCUAGAGCCUUCGGGGUGCCACUGCGCACUUACACUCAUGAGGUGGUAACCUUAUGGUACCGGGCCCCCGAAAUCUUGCUGGGAUGUAAAUACUACUCGACUGCAGUGGAUGUCUGGAGCAUUGGCUGUAUCUUUGCAGAAAUGGUGACGAGAAAAGCCCUGUUUCCAGGAGAUUCUGAAAUUGACCAGCUCUUCCGGAUUUUCCGCACGCUGGGCACGCCCACUGAGGCAGUAUGGCCAGGGGUGACCCAGCUUCCUGACUAUAAAGGAAACUUUCCCAGGUGGGCGAGAAAAGAGAUGAAGGAGAUCGUUCCGAACUUGGAUCGGGAUGGGCGAGACUUACUGGCGCAAUUGUUACUGUAUGACCCCGACAGGCGCAUUUCUGCCAAGGCAGCCCUCAACCACCAGUACUUCUAGCAAAGCCCCCGUGAUCCCGAAGACCAGCACAUGCUGCAGAAACACUGCGGAUGAAAGGACGCAGCGCCUCUGCCUGCCUGUAUUCCUGAUGCUGAGCUCUGUGCAUCAGUGCAUUUACCAUCUCUGGUGGCUGAGCAGGGAGGCUGGCUGAGGUUGAAACACCUCCAUAUUACGAAGGAAUUUGGAGGGAAGUGUUAGUUCUUAUUUAGACAGAGGUGGUUGGAUGCUCUCAGCCCAUUGCUGGGGGUAUCUGUUAGGGCCGUUAGAGAUUUCUUGAAGUAGUUGUUACAUGUGAUAGGGACAGGCCUGAUGGCAGCAUCUAUCAGCCUGUAAUACUGACUGGGGGACACUAAAUUCUCACAUGGGAGAGCAACUUCCGAAUCGUUGUCCCCUUGCCUGGGAGUGUAGCGAAAGUGAGGGUUGGAGCAGUGUAGCUUGUCUGUCCUUUCAGCACCCAUUCCUGGCUGUGGUUCAGAUAGCCCAUUGCAAAGAGAUUUGUCAGCUUCCCUCCCAGCAUCAGGCAGUGCUUGACCUAAAGCAGCGGGGAGAGUCGGCUGCCUACAGCCGGGAGUGUCACUGGUUAGUGCUAUUAAAAAGAAGAGGGGCUGUUAGUAUUAGAUAAGACUGUCUUCAACUGUUUAAGAAUUUUAGAGUUUUAAUUCCUAGUUAAACAGCAAGUGAAAAUAUCUUAAGAAUGAUCUUCAUCGCGCAAGACAGAGAAGCCAAAGGCUCCCGCUGUGGCAACGUGUGAAGUCACAGUUCUGGAGAACACACCUUUUUGUUGUCCAAAUGGAAAAAGUUCAGUCACUUGGGUUGGCUUUGACAAUAUUUUACUGUUUAUCUUUCGAGUGAUUUAGCACCAGGUUUUGUUGCAGUUGUGGGAACUCUCUCCUCCAGUAAAGAAAAUACACAGAAUUUGUUCCUAAGUCUUGGUUGUUUGUUAUAGGCUGCUCAAUUGUUUAGCCACCCCCUAGACUGGGGUAGUGAUGGAAUCUGACAAUCUCUCAUGUAUGCCAAAACCUCGACCUGUGUUCACAGCACCAGCCUAUCCAGCUGGUCCAUUUCUUUAUUACAGGCCUUCUCUUUUCCCUCUGUCUCUUUCAUGAGGUCAGAACUGUCAGAUGCUGAGGCAUCAGAUAGUGUUUUGUAGAAUAAUGGGCAGAGAACAUAAAGAUAUCCCUGCUGCAGGGAGAAACUGAGUUUCUUUCUAACAAAAGCUUUGUUUGAGUUUGCUUUAUUUUCUGAAAUACUCUGAAGACAGAUGAGUUACUUUGUUCCAUAUUUUGUUUUCCCACCUGCCUUAAAAAGGGGGCUGCAGAGACUCUGAUAAAUGAAUUAAACGGCAUUACUCUGUGAGGAUCUAUAUCAUCUUUCUCCAGCUGUUGAAGGGAACUGUGGUCAAGUAGCAGUGUAAUGCUGAACCAGCGGCUCAGCAUUCCAGCUGGGUACAAUGUUGUACUCUUUUGCAAUAUUUCUGAUUCAUAACAGAUUCCUAUGCCUCUUUCGGCAUUACUCGGGGGGGGGGGAUGUUGUCUUUCUCCAGCUGUUGAAGGUAAUUGCAGUCACAUAGUCAUGUAACACUAAACCAUUGGCCCUUUCUUUCCCCGUACCAAUCCAUCUUGUACCUUCAGUGCAGAUUUGGAGGCUAGCAGGGAUAUCUAAACCCUCUCAUUCCUAUCACUAGAUUUUAAAAAUCCCAGAGAGACCAGGUAGGUGAGGUAAUAUCUUUUAUUAGCCUAACAGAAGUUGGUGCAAUA